CUCAGAUGCUGGUAUUCCCAUAUGCUUGCUUAAGACCUCCUCCACAGCCAUCUCAAUUGACGCUUCCUUUCAGGAAAUCAGAGUGGGUGGACUGAGCUCAGUUCCUGUAGAGGCACUAGUAAACUCGAAUAGACAGCCAGUAUAGUAGAGCUUCAUCCUUGUGGAAAGCGGUCCUAUUGAGAAUUUUCCACAGUCGGCUGAAGUAAAAAGAAACAUGUCGUCUAAUUCCAACCUGAGUACUAUGCGUCGGCUUGUUGAGCAGCUCAAACUGGAGGCCAGUGUCGAGAGGAUAAAGGUGUCUCAGGCGGCCGCAGAGCUCCAGCAGUACUGUGUCCAGAAUGCCUGUAAAGAUGCCUUGCUUGUGGGUGUCCCAGCGGGCAGCAAUCCCUUCAGAGAACCUCGGUCCUGCUCACUCUUCUAGACUGCAGGACAUUUGGACAUUCCAAGUCUCGGGCAGAAGCGUGAUGUGACCAUCAGUGCCACCUGUCAUUUACAUGGAAGAAAGUCCACUACCGUUAAAUCCUUUUCCUAGUCUGACCUGUUUAUUUAUUAGCAUCUUUUUAAUCUCUAAAAUGCUUUUUGCUAAUUUUGUAAUAUUUUCUACAAGAAAACAAGUGAAAUAACACAAGUAUUCAGUGAUACAGAUCCUAAUACAGUUAUUUACACAUUGUUUACAGGUUUACAGUUUACACAGUUUUUAAUGUGCCUGUAUUGAUAGUGAGCUAAGGUUCUAAUUUCACAAAAAGUUUUUUGCAGAAAUGCAAAGGAUUUAUUCAAUGGUAAAAAACCUCCAUAAUUUGCGUUUGUAAAUAUGGGGAAAUGUUCUAUAACAACUUGCAUGUUUUUCAAAAGAAUGAUUGGGCACAUGCACCAGUCGAACAUCUCUCUUCUUACACAUUCUUGGUGCUAAGAAUUCCUAUGAAAUACAUUGUCUUGUAGCUUCUCUACCAGCACAACUUACCUAAAUAUUGCCCUGCAAAUUUAAUCGAUUAAGUUUUACUACAAACAUUUUGUUGGUGCCUGGAUUCUUACAAAAAACUAGCCUGUCCAUCACCAUUCUCCAGCAAGUACUGGUGUCAUUGCUGUGAUGCGAGACAUAAAGAAACAUUUGGUGAAAACAAAUUGUUUGGAUAUAAAAUGAAAAAUACAAAAUUGUUAAAAUCAUUGCAGUUUAGGAAACACUCAACCAUAACUCAUUACUGUUAUCUAAAGUAUUUACAAUGGUGACAAAAUCGCUGAGUUUGUGAAAGUGUUCUAACAUAAAUGUCAAAAACAAAUUUUAAUGCUCAGAAUUUAGAACUGAUUGAGUAAUAUAAUCUAUUCAGUGAAAUGAAAAGUAACUGGUUCAGCAUGCGUUUUUGAUAAUAAGAGCUCCACAUUUCCAAGUUUACUAUCACAUGCCUUUCGUUGUUGCAGUCAUUGCAUCCUCAUUAAAGACUUUCCCAAUUUGAAAAAGCAUUUUCAUUCAUUCAGUUUUCUCCCGAUAUAGGAUGAUUUAUUGUAAGUAGCCAUAAACAUGGUUGUGACAUGUCUGUCAUUUUGGUUGUUUCAUUCCAAAAUUGUUUAAAUAGAUGUGCAUCCAUAUACUGUAUGCACUAGUAAACUGCAGGACUGAAUUGUGAGUUAAACGACUUUGGGGAUUAGCAGUCACCAUCAGCUAUAACUUCUGCUUAAGGUCUUAGUCUUAGUUUUUCAAUGGAAAACAGAAUUGGCCAAAGCCUAAAGAAAUACCACGUGACAAAUCAUUCAAAAUGCAGAACUACUAAUACUCCCCAUUGUUAGGAAUCUGCAGUGGGCCUGCAGUGUAGUGGGCCGAGGAGCGUCAGGGAAAGUGUAAGUCAUCCCGGGACAGACUCUUCACACCACUUACAGUACUUGAUUUCUUAUGUAAAACAAUCAUAAGCCAUAAAUGAAUGUGAAAUUGAUAGUGCAACUGAAAACACAUUGCUCUUUAGAAAAACAUCAUCUUUGCAAGCAACACUCAUGUAACCCAUACUUCACAUGUAGCACAAACGCAUCCCUUUAGAAAAACAUUAAAGGCAUGUUAAAAUUAAAAAUCCAAGCUAAACAACUCUGUCCAGGUCUACAACCUUGGUCCAGGUUUUAUAGGUAUCCUGACAGGGUCAAUGAGCAAGGAUGGGAAAAGCAUGUUACUCCCUCCUGUUAAAGCACCUGACUUAAUUGGGGUCAUUGAGAGCUCAGCUGGAAUCAAAUCAGAAAAGUGGAAGGCUUUCCAGGACUGGCCUGGUAGAACCCUGCUUCAGAACGGUGUCAUUCCGAACGAGCUUUCUAUUCAUUACGGAAGUGCUCUUACAUCGCGUACUCAUCGCCUUGAGCUCUUUUCUGUGCCAAGGGGCUUUUUAUACACUUCAGCAAUCUGCACUCCUGUCUGCAGUGUACAUUCCUAAAUGUUUAAAAACUCCUUGUUGAAGCUUUUGCGUUUACAUAUGGUUUGUGACAAAAGUUAAUAAAAUAUGAUUUCUAUGCC